ACAACAACAACAACAAAAAAAAAAAAAAACAGAGUCAGGGGCAAAAAACACAGGCUGUUGGUUCGUUUUGGGGUUUUUUGUUUGAUUUGUUUUUUUGCACCACAGUUUAUCGAGCUCCUGCAGGAAGUAGAGAAAUGUGGCUAGCUACUGCUUCACGGCGAGCUAAGACCUGAAGCAUACAGAGAACCGCACCAGACCACAACAGACCAGACCAGACCUGAUCAGGUUGAGCCCAGUUAUUCUCAUUCUCCCUCUCCCCCUCCCCUGCAUCCACCAGCACUCUGUGAUUGUCUCCAUCAGCAGUAAAUUAUUGUGCUGAUCAGACAAUCUCACACCACUGGGACUGGACUGGAGACCCAGAGGUUCCCACCACUGGAGCUCUAAGCUGUGCCUGGCAAUGCCUCAGCCCAGCGUCAGUGGGAUGGAGCCUCCCUUUGGGGAUGCCUUUCAGAACUACUCGUUUGCUGACCAGGCUCUGACCAGCACUGAGCUACUUGCCACCAGCACUGACCCAGAUUUCAUGUACGAACUGGACAGAGAUAUGAGCCACCGGCAGAGCCCCUGCGGGGACAGCAUUGUGGGGGUCGCGGAUGGAGGCAAGGAGGUUGAGGGUUGUGUGGACCAGCUCAUGGGUCUGGGUGAAUGUGAGACAGUCUGCAGCAGCUCAGCGUUCGAACAGUGGGACUCCUACUGGGAAGACCUCACCAGAUACACACGGCUGGCCAGCUGUGAUAUCUGGGGCACCAAAGAGGUGGACUUCCUUGGAUUGGAUGACUUCUCCAGUCCCUACCAGGAUGAGGAGGUGAUUGGUCGAACCCCGACACUUGCUCAGCUCAACAGCGAGGAUUCACAGCCCGUGGGUGAGACGCUCUACCCUCCUGCUGACCUGAGCCUGCCCCAGACUCAGAGUCAGCCAUCCCAGCUUCCUUGUCACAGUAAGACUCUUCUGGUCCCUGGCCAAGGAUCAGGCCCCAGCUCUGUUCAGCCUUCACCAAGCUCCACAUCCUCUUCCCGUCCUUCACGCAGCCUUCUCCCGGACUUUCCUGAAGGCUCACAAAAAGCAACUAGACCUGUUCCUUCCAGCACUGAGACUAUGGCUAAGACUCAGAGCCACCUCACCCAGGACAAUGGCCAAGCUCAAAUCAAGCCCUUGGUGCGAGGAACCAAAAUGGCAGCACCAACUUCUUACAGCUUUGACUUUGUGCGCAAGGCUAAAGUCCGUGUGAGUGCUAUACACAAGGCGCAAGCUGACAUGCCUCCCCAGACGGAUUUUGAGAGGUCGGAUCCGACUCUACCUCUUUCCCUGCCUCAAGAUGAGAAAGCCUCCACUUCAGCAAGUAUCGCCUUAGUGGCACUUCCUGGUGCUGCUGCUGGCUGCUCAGGCAGCCUGGCGAGCUUUGAGGCAACCAGGAGAGCAGAAGGGACAGUGAGGAGAGAGAUGCCUAUAGGCCGGUCUGCCACUGUGCCUCAGCUAGUUGAUGCAAGCCAGGCUCUGGAGAACAGCACCUCUGGGCUGGUGAUCAGUGACAGUGUUGCAGGUUCUUGCAGCGGAGGUGGCAGCCUUUUGGUUGUUGAGGGCACAGAGAAGACCAAGGAAGAGGAACACAACUACUCUCUGUUCCUGACCCGCAGCAGACUGGCCAGCAGAAGCCACUCCCAGAUAGAAGAGGAGGAAGACGAGGACGAGGAGGAUGAGGACGAAGCGGAGGAAGAGGAAGGAGAUGGGCUGGAGCUAGAAGAUGAAGACCACGAUGAGGGUUUUGGCAGCGAGCAUGAGCUGUCUGAGAAUGAAGAGGAGGAAGAGGAGGAGGAGGAUGAAGACUAUGAAGCAGACAAAGAUGAUGACAUGAGCGAUGCCUUCUCUGAGCCAGGCUGUGACAUGGAGCUGAUGGAGGACAUUAAAGGGCUCACAGCAGGAGUCUCCAGCCGGAAGAGAGGAAAGCGCCGCUACUUCUGGGAGUACAGCGAGCAGCUCACCCCCUCCAAACAGGAACGCAUGCUCAAGCCGUCCGAGUGGGAUAGACACACGCUGCCUAGCAACCUGUACCAGAAGAACGGGCCUCUCCACGGAAAAUACAUGCUCAAGAAGUCUCGCCGCACAGACGUGGAAGACCUGACUCCCAAUCCACGCAAGCUGCUGCAGAUCGGCACAGAGCUUCGUAAACUGAACAAAGUGAUCAGUGACUUGACUCCUGUCAGCGAGCUGCCGCUGACUGCACGGCCACGCUCUCGCAAGGAGAAAAACAAGCUGGCGUCCAGAGCUUGUCGCUUAAAAAAGAAAGCUCAGUACGAAGCAAACAAAGUGAAGCUCUGGGGACUCAGCACAGAGUACGACCGGCUGUUGUUUGUGAUCAAUGCCAUCAAGGAGGAGAUAGUGGAGCGAGUAGAGGACUCUUCUCCGCGUCCAACCAACAUGUCCGACACUCUGGAGCGACUCAUAAAGGAGACACUUGUGCCAUCACCUGUUGCUGGGCAAACUUCAGAUUUCGUUAACAAGAUCUUGGAGAACACAGGACGUGGCGAUCCCACCGGCGGACUGGUCGGCCUGCGAGUCCCCACCUCCAAAAUCUAGACAGGCUGCCGUCCACUGAGAGCAGUGGACUCAGUAUUACCACCGUGCUGUCCUGUUGUAACUAUGCUCCCCUCUGCAUGCCCCUACAACCCAGACUUCAUGCACAUUGUUAGUCACACAAACACACAUACCAGUUCCUGUGUGUAUGUAUGUGUGCUUGUUUUUGCCAUGCACCUGUAUGGCAUACACCCUAGCUUUCUGACUCUGCACGCAGCGUGCAGAGUCAGCGCAUCACAGUCUCCCAACUCAUUGUGAACUUCUUUUGGGAAAAGCGCCUCUGAUGGUUAGGUGUAUAGCUAAUAGCACGUCCUAAAUCCACUGGUGAUUAUUAGAUGUGUUUAACAUAGCAUUGUGUUGGGUUGUUUCUGCUGGAGGCUGAGAAGAACAGUGACAUGAGCGUAACCACUGGAAUACUUUCACAUGAUUUGUUUGAGGUUGUAGUGACAGAGGAAGAAUUUACAUGAAAAAUUUCCAGUUAUCAUUUCUCAGAAGAGGUUCACCUCUCAUGGCAACAAAAGUGGACUUCAGGUUGUUAAAUUAACCCAUUCAAAUAAAGCACCUUGAUGAAAAUGGCCUUGUAAGCUGGAGUACGCUGAAGAGGAAAAAAGUGCGGCGUGUUCCAAGGUGUUACGGGGUGGCAAGAAAUAUUUUGUAUUGAAGGCCUAAAUAUGUUCAUGCCAUCCCUGCGAAACCAUAGAGCUGCAAAUAAUCAUCAGAAUUUAAGUCUGCUGGUUUGAAGUUUGUGCCAGGCAGGAGGAAGCCUAACGGCUCAAAGUUGACCAUGUGGAGAGGAAGCGCAUGUAGCAUGGUGCUUUUUGGCCUUGUGCUGGUUAUAACUGGACUGUGUGGAACAGACCAGUGCGGGAUCAGACAGUAAGUGAGGAAGAUGACGACGGUGGCGGUGGUGAUAAAGAUGACAUAAACAGUGAUCCAUCUCCUCCAGGAAACUGUAUAUAAAUAUGUCUCCCAGCGAAUGGCACCGGCUUCCCUUUUUGUACAGUAGAGACAACCAGGCAGUUUGGUGUGUUCAUACUAGUGUUUGAUCAGAGUUCUAUUCAUUGUGCCUUGUGUAUGUAUGUGUGCGUGUCUCUGUAAGAGUGAGUGAGUGUGUGCAGGGCUGAACGAGACGAUGCGAUUGGUCUGAACUCCCAGCCUAGGAAAGGACUACUUACAGUGAGUGCGAGGAGGGACAUGCUGGUGGGGUGUGUUGUGUCUUUCAGCUGUUUGAAGAUAUUCUGAAUGUACAUAAACAAAUGGAAGCUCUUGUUGCAUGAUGCCACAGAGUCUGUGUAUAUAGGAGGGCUCUGCAAUAGAUUACUUUUGGUUUUUGGUACUCUUGUCUUUGGGGAUUUGGGGGAAGGAUGACAGAUAUUUUUCUUUUUAGAGUUACAAAAAAAUAUUUGCACACUAUCUUUUGAUUAUUUUUUGUACCAAAGACACAUGCAACGAAAUGGCGACCAGCCAGUUAAAGUAAGGUUUUGCACAGCUUACCUGACGCCGUAUUGAAUGUAAGAUUUGUGGGAGGGUCAGGGAACUUCAUAGAACUGUGAAAUUAGCU